AUGGUCUCCAGGUUCCUGCUGCUCAUGGCUCUGAGCGUCUGUGUCUCUGGUUGGUUUCCACCUUCACUUUCUUCUCCACAAAGAGAAAAGAGGAGAUCCACUUUGAGACUGACUGAAACACUUGAACACUUCCAUUAGAAAAGAUGUUGAAAGACUCACAUGUUCCUGUGUUUUUCUGCUCCUCUCUGUCUCCUCUACAGAAACAUUUGAACUCGAUGUGGCUCACAAAUCCUAUCAGGCAGAGAAGGACCAGGACGUCACCCUGGAGUGGACCUUAACACCCAAACCUGACAGCUCUAUGCAGACUAUGAACAUUUUCUGUGGUCUGUAUAAGGAUCAGAAAGCUUUAGUCCUGCUUGAGGGUUCGUAAAGGGGUGGAGGUCCCAUUGAAGGAGGGACACUUUUUAGGUCGAGUCCAGUGGGACAAAGAAAUCCUCAGAGAGGGACGGAUCAGACUUCAUGUGUCCUCACUCAGGACUGAAGACUCAGGCUUGUAUCAGUGUGAAGUUAAUACAGUGUAUGGGAUGAGCUUGGACACAUGUCAACUCACUGUGACAGGUGAGUUGAUUUAUUCUUUAGCAGAACUUUAAAAAGACGUUCAGUUCAGUUUCUGUUUGUUUUUGGAUCCAGAAGAAUCUGAGAUUAAAGUAUCAUUGAGGUUUUUAUGGACCUGUUCCUGUUGAUCUCUUGUGUUUGUUUAUUCUUCUCCUGAAUGACUCUAACCUUUUAUUCUCUCUCCAGGAAAGACCCUUUUCAUUGUGCUGGUUCUGUAUGCAGCAGCAAUGAUAGGUGUGCUCUGUGGUGGUUCAUUUCUCAUCAAACGAUACUGCUGCCAGUAAGACAGAUCCACCGAGGAGAGUCCAACCUGAAGGCCUCAGUCCUCCUCCACUCCAUCCAACCCUAUGCAAACAGAUAAAGAGAAGAGAGAGAAACUGAACUCUGAACCUCAAUAUCAGAAAAAAAUUAAUGAAAUGACUUAUUUUAAUGUUUGAAUGUGUUGGUGUUUUAAAUUCAUUACUUUCUACUAGGCCUGCACGAUAUAUCGUUUGACUAUCGUCAUCGCGAUGUACGUGUGUGCGAUAGUCACAUAUUGGAGGUGAAUGAACUCAUUUAAUUUCAAGGGUAACCGACUGAGAUACACUCCAUGUGACUCUGCAUGUGCUGUGCAGCGAUCCACCAAUCACCUUCGUCCUUAACUCAGUUGCCAAUCAGACUUAAUUCUCAGUUGCCAAUCAGACUACCCUGCCAGCUGUCAAUCAAAAUCAGGGAGGAGGAAACCCACCCCUGCACAUGUUCUGCACAUGGAGGGAGACGUGUGUCCGCUGAGAAUUACUUUCGGAACUUUACUGACUGUUAAGCCUAACAAAUAAGAACUGUAUGGGUUUUAAAUCGUACAUUUCCGUGGACCACUCUACUAUAAGCAGUGCGCGUUUUGCGAGGUGCAUGCAAUUCUCGGAGGACAUGCGUUUCUCGGCACAACACCGCUAACAACAACAACAACAACGAUCGCAAAAUGAACAACGAACAAGCGAAAACCACCGAAAAUGAAGAUUUGUUGCCAAAAAGAAAAGGAAAGUCAGUUAUCUGGAAUUAUUUCGGUUAAAAGAAGGAUGAUGUCGACCAAAACACGUGUUCUGUGUUCAUCUGUUGCCACAAUAACGUCCCAGCACAAUAAAAGCUAAAAAUAUCUCUGAGACAGACAGAAGCCGUUCUACUAACAUUAACAAAAAGAGGUAAGAUCAGAGCAGAUUAACUGUCCUCAAGAUUUCAGCAGUGCAGCAUAACAUUAAAUGCUAUUCAGGUCUUCUGGUGAAAAUUCCUGUAUUUUUAAUAUCGCAAUAUAUAUCGCAGGGUUGAAAAAAUCGCAAUAUUAUUUUUUUCCAAUAUCGUGCAGCCUUACUUUCUACUGGUAGAUGUUAGUCAAGAUAAUUUAGAUUUUUACUGUUUUCUUUGAAUCGUCGUUUUGAUUCUAUCAUCCACACUCUGAAGAUCUGUAUGAUGCACAACAGCUUCAAACAAAACUCUGUGAAUAACAACAGCUGUAAAUAAAUCUUGUGGAGAGCUUUUUCUUGGAUCUUGUGUUUUAAAAUGUACGCCACAUCAGCUGUUCAGCGUACCUCCACCUCUGCAGAAAUGUCAUUUUUUCACACAGAGUUUUCUGGAGUCCAGUCUCUGACACGAACAAAACAGGCGUCCUCAAAGCUGUCAGAAAGUCCAUCCAUCCAGUUUCUUCUGCUCAAGAUCUACACUGGUCCGCCAUACAGAUCUGCAUGUAAGAUGUGUGCUUUUGGCCAAUCAGAACGCUUCAUUUUAACUCGAGCACCCCCCCUUCCUUGCUGGGAUUUGCACCUUAGUUGAUUUCACUGCUGUAGCUUGGGUGAAAUACAUAGACUGUAUAUGCUAUGGACAACUUUGGUUGCUAUGGAGCUGAGAAGCUCUCGGUAAAGCUCUCCAUAAUUCCGCAUUCUGCAGGCUACGUUUGCUCCGCUAGCUAGUGUGAACACAAAAUGGACCGUGUUUUUUAAUCCAUUUUGACUGUUUCAAUUAUUUGAAAAAAAUGCAACGUGGUGUUGUAAUUAUUUCGGGUUAGUACGCAUAAAAAUUUCUCAAAGUUGGCAACCCCCUAAUUGUCUCUCCACAUGCAAAGGAAUUAAUAGAAAAAAUAGAAUUUGAUGGUUUGUAAAUUAUAUAUCGAAUUUUCAAAAAGAGUCAUUUUACACCGAAGCUGAAAAAUUCCUAAUUUUGAUGCAACCAACCGUCUGUAGAAGGGCACGACCACGUUUACCGUGAUGAUGAGUUUAUCGGUUUGUUCCUAUCGGAGAGCUGCCACAGUCCGGCCCACUGAACCUCGUGUGUUCAGCAGAUAAGGACCUGAGGGUGGAUGUUAACGUCUGCUAGUUCAUGCUUCACCAGGAACUGAAGCUCUGUCGCUCUGGAAACCAGCAGGGUAAUGUUUGUUUCAACUCUUUUAUAUUUAAACUGUUUUUUAAAGAUUUGCUAUGAAGUGAACGUUAUUACUCCCAGAUUGUGUUUUCUUGUGUGUUAAUGCUGAAACUUAUUUUAACCUGCAGAGUAAUGUGUGAAAAAAUAAAGACCCAAAUGGCGCUGACUUGGUAGGUGUUUUUAUUUGGACUUGAUCUCAUGUAUUAUCAUGUGAACUCGCUAAAUGACCUUUGACCUGAUGCACAUGUGUGGUUCCUCUAACAGGGUGGAGAUGGUCUCCAGGUUCCUGUUACUCAUGGCUCUGAGCUGCUGUGUCUGUGGUUAGUUUCCAUCUUUGUUUUAUUCUCACGUUUCCUUCAGGAACAGGCGAAGGUUUAAUAUUUGAUUUUUGUGACCAGGUUGUUCUUGACGCCCCUUUUGUUGAGAAUUGAUCGCUGCUGUUUUGGGAUUUUGAACAAUGUCAAGUUUUUGGCAAAGUUGAGACGGAAAGACCCGGUUUAAAAAUAAGCUGGUUUCUUUAGGGAAAAUUAAGGGUGCAGAAUUUGAUAGUUUGGAAAUUAUGAAAACACAUUUUAAAUUGAUAAUAGUGAAAAAAAAAACAUAUGGAAAAAUAGAUGGUUUUAUUAGAGGUUCACCACUCUGUGAUAGACUGUGUGAGCUCUCAAUUCAACAGGUUCAGUGUCAAAUGUGAAAGAAUGGGUGGGUUUUUACUCUGAUUAUGAGUACGGGUUGAUAUUGAAUAAUGCAAAUAUAAACUAUUUGUGACCAUGAUCCAGAAACACCGGAGACCUCCCUGAGCUCGAACCAACUUCAGAGUGGUCAGACUACUCACAAUCUAAAGUAUGUUGCCAUAAAACCACCCGGCUGUUAUCUUGGACUCAUGUGACUUGACUUCCCUCUUAUCUCACAUUCACACUCAACUUUAUUUAUGCGGCAUCAUGCUGCUUAAGGAUACCCAGCAAGGAAAAUAAAAAUAAGAAAGAAUCCAAAAUGACAAGACUGGAUCACAUUGGAACCACUUCAAACCACUGAAAAAUUACCAAAUUAAAAACACUUUAAAAAAUUAAAUCAGUAAAUUAUUUUUUUCUGUCUCCUCUACAGAAACUUUUGAAGUCAAAGUGGCACACACUUCCUACGAGGCAGUGGAGGGCCAGAGUGUCACAUUAGAGUGGACGUUUGAACCCAAACCCGACAUCUCAGAGCUACAGUCUCUCAGUAUUUUCUGUGAUGUGCAGAUGAAACAGAAAGACUCGCCCGUGUUUCAGUUCCAAGAAGGAUUUGAGAUCUCACUGACGGAUACUGAGCACUUUGUAGGACGAGUCCAGUGGGACGAAGACCUCCUCACUAAGGGGCGAGUCAGUCUUGAAGUGUCUCCGGUCAUGGCCGAAGACUCAGGCAUGUACAAGUGUGAAGUGUCUUCAGACUACGGCACCGACUGGGAAACAUGUAGCCUUUCCGUGACUGGUAAGUCGACUCAGAAGAACUUACCUCCAAUUUCCACCGCAUCCGGAAUGGCCACGAAAAGGCCGUAUCCGCCAAUCGUAGCUGAUUGUAACCAAUCAAGUAAACGUGUCCAUUUCCACCGGCCUCUUUCCGUUCGUUGCGGAACACCAGACUCCACAGCUGAUCGUGAGAGUUCUAUUUUUUCUGGAUGCCAGAGCAUGGCGGAUAAAUUCAGCACAGAUUUACCCGUGCUGGAAAGGAAGUCGGGCACAGACACAAAAUAAAACAUCCGGCGAACGGGCGGAGACAAACAAGUAAAAGGUUUAUAGACGCCAUUUCACCCUGUUGACACCAUGGAUGAGGAGAUGCUGAUUCUAGAAGUCUAGAAGUAGAUUUCCUCCUCUGGAAGGACACAAUCUACUGCUUAUAUUGUUAGCCUUUGUGGCUAACAACAACUUGUUGUCGUGUAAUUUCACAUGAAUCCGCAGGUUCUUGUUGCGAUUCCUGCCGUCCCUAAUGCGCCAUGAAAUUCACCUCACAAACGAAUCUGGUAGGAAUUGGCGGAAGGCGAAAAUCGCCGCUGUUCCAGAUGCGGUGGAAAUCCCGGAUUAAGCAAGCUCAAGAUUCAGAUUGACCUGAGGUUGUGAAAUUAUGUUUUCAUCAAAGUGUUCUUUCUCCCUGUGUUUGUUUCUUUAUUUACAGCACCAAGAGUCCCUAUCGGUUCUGUCGCUCAACCUGAGGCCUGGACCAGGAUCAGACUCUUCUGUGGACUGUUUCUGUCAUUUGUUGUCCUCUUUUAA